AAGAAGAAAAUGCGGAAGUUAGCGACUUUACGAAACCAAAGCCAACGCGACUGUGAUUGUAUUGCUGCGUGUUUGCUUAUUUCAGCACGUGUGUGCGACGUGUGUUAAAGAAACUAAACAAAAGCCUAUUUACGCUUGAAUAAAAGAACCAGACUGACGGCGAAAGUUGUUAAAAUUGUCUUUUCGGUCCGCUUGUUUGCUAGCUGCGGCGGUUGCUAAGCAGGGAGCUAAUGUGUUUUUGUGAAAAAUGCGUAAAGUCAAAAUACUGCGAGCCUUGAUGGAGCAGCGACUAAAUGCUGUCGUGGAAGAAAUAUUUGGACUGUUUGAAAGAACCAUCGCCGAGUACGAGGAGGAACUUGCUAGGACAAAAGAGGAGAAAGAACGACAACAAGAACUACAGGACGCGGUUCUCAAACCUCCAGUUCGGUUACACAGAGCAGGCAUUCAUCAGGUGUUGGUGGAAAGUGAAGGCGAGAUUGCUUCCGAGCAGCAGGAGUGGAUCUCCAGUAUUUGGCAGGAUGAGCCACAGCUCCCCUUCAUUAAAAAGGAAGAGGAGGAACCGUGGCAUCAGCUUCAAGGGCUGGAGGAGGCUGACAUCACCAAGUUGACUAGUGUCCCUUUGGCGACGAAAGAUGAAGACAGAGCUCAGUCCUCACAGCUUCAUCACAGUCAAAGUGAGGAGAACAGAGGGUCGGAGCCUCUGACUCAACACAUGACAGCAGAAGAUGGAGACAACCCGACGUCACUCUGUUCUGAGACCGAUCUCAGUGACGAGGACAAACCUGUAGAGAGUAAUAGGGACUCUAAAGGUGAUACGGGACGUCACGCUGACAAGAAACACUUUGAAUGCUCGGAAUGUGGGAAAACAUUUGACCAAAAGGGAAAUUUGAUAAUGCACAUGAGAAUACACACCGGAGAGAAACCCUUUCCUUGCUCAGUUUGCGCUAAAAGAUUCUCCUUGAAGGCGAAUUUGAAAAGACACCUGCUCGUACACACGGGGGAGAGACCCUUUUCUUGUUCAUUAUGCGCCAAAAGAUUCCGAGAUAAGUACGACAUGACCGUACACAUGAGGAAACACGCCGGAGGACAACGUUUGACGUCCGGCUGCUCAAGUCUUCACAUGACAGCAGAGGAUGACGGAGAGCACUGUGGAGGAUCACAAGCGGACAGCAACUUUGCUCCGCUGUCGGGUUUGUACGACUUGAUGUCACAAUCUUCCGAUACCGAUCACAGCGACGACGCCCGAGACCCUUUGGACUCUAAAGCUGACACGAGACAUCACGUUGACAACAAAAACUACGACUGCUCCGAAUGUGGGAAAACGUUUUCCCAGAGGGGAAGUUUGACAGUGCACAUGAGAAUACACACCGGUGAGAAACCUUUUACCUGCUCGGUUUGUUUGAAAAGUUUCUCAAGAAAGGAGAAUAUGAUAAUACACACGAGAUUGCACAUGGAAGAGGAAAAAUAUCCCUGCUCGCUUUGUCCUAAAAGAUUCACCUGCAGACGGUCUGUGGAGACGCACAUGAGGAUACACACCGGGGAGAAACCGUUCAGUUGCAAAGUGUGCGAUAAAAGGUUCAUGUAUAAGUUUCAGGUCACCAGACACAAGUGUGUAACAUAAGACAUUUUGACUUUUUACAGCAUCCAACCAGUUUAGUUAAUGACAAACUGUAAUUUUGAUCACACUGAGUAUUUUAGUGGUGUUUCUCACUAAGUGUUGUGUAGUUUUUCGAGCUAAUAUAGUAAUGAUUUCUUAAUGCUCAUUAGUAUUACUGCAUUUCAUUUGGGUUUUUAUUCAAAUUAAAUAAUUCAGGGAGAUUGUAAGAUUAACUGUAAGAUUACUAUUAAAGUUAAAGUACCACUGAUAGUCACACACACUAGGUGUGGUGCAAUGUGUGGAAAUACUAUUAUUGUCACAACUGAACUGUGAGAUUGUAAGAU